GAGCGAAGCAAAAAUACAACCAACUAGCGAAAGAAAGACAACAUCAUGACAAAAAGCAAGUAUCAUAUCUGUUUAUAUUAUAUCGGAUUGCUUGCUUUUCUUCCGGGGUUGACAGAGUUUUCGGAUGCCUUUCGAGCUGGAGAUUUCUUGCAAUCCUCGUCUCCAAAUCGGAAUUUGCAAUCGAAUUGUUUGCGAUCUGUCGCGUCAACUUCCACACAACUCGGCCUAUUCGACGCGGAUGCCUCGUUUGUAGCAGGAUCCGCGCUGUGGGGCCUCAAUCUAUACUACGGCUUCGAUUGGAUACUGGCACCACUCGGAACGGGACUGGACAGCGAUUUCAACGCGGCGACGAGGGCUACAACGUUCUUGGGCAGGAUCCUCUCUGGGAAAUCGGUAACGGAGGCAGCGUCCCCACUCCAACUACUCGAGGAUGGCGAAGCCGAUGCCGAACGGCCCGAGAUGGGAUCACGGAUUGGAUCGGGGGCCAACAUUGCGUACAUAACGUCAACCAUUGAGAGCGAUGACGGCACGAACGACUGGCUGUCCGAUCGAGAGGCUGGUUUGUCGUCGUCGGCACCGCUUCCACUCCAGCUGGCGGUAGCUCUCCUCUUCGGAAUUGCCGGAAUUGUGGCACAAACCAUAACGCAUUCCUUUCAAACGGCCGCCGUCCUGGUGAUCCCGGCGCUGGUGUACGAGAUUGGUCGCCCGUCGUUGCCCACCCGAGACGAGGCUAUAUUCGACGCUAAACUGGACGCUGCCGUCACGAAAUUUGUGCAAGAAAAMGUGGUGGUGUACGGUCAGRAGGGAACACAGAACGAAGGCGUAGCGCCGGUGCGACGGGACGAGGCCACAAACGAGCGCGAAUUGGUGACCGCAUUUCGAAAGCAGCUUCAAGAAAACAAAGAAGAAUCCGCAGGCCUCGAAAGCAGUGAUGUCUCGGACUUUCAGAUUGAGAUGAAAAUGCGAUCAUACGGGCAAGGCCGAAGUGUGGGAGGGUUCAUCAAGGGGAUCCGGUUGUUGCGAGAUGAAUGAAGUGUCAAAAUGGUUCUUUAGCAAUUAAGGUGUAUGAAGUCU